UUUUUUUAUUAUUAUUAUUAAUUUUUAUUGGACGUGCUGCUCUUUCAAUAUUUACUAUUAAAGAUACCUAAUUAUUGUCGCUUAAUGGGCUAGCUUAAAAAUGCAAGAUAGGAGCUUUUUCCAAGACCGAUAAUCUCUCCCAGCGUAGAAUAUUUAGCCAUGAUAUGAUUUAGUAGCAAGUGCGUGCGUGUAAACGGAAAACAGCCAGUUAGUAUCCUCCUCCUUUCUAACACUAUAUGCAUAUAUAAUGCUUGUCUAGGCGUAACGUAUACUUGUUUGUGUGCCGGUUUGAGGUUUCCGCUCUUAACUGACGCACUCCAUGACUUAAGCCUAUGUAGCAGAUUGUCAGCAACUUAAAAAAACAUUUUUAUAACAUCAAAUAGGCAGAAUCCCCAUCAAAUCCAAAUCAACCAACCUUGUAUUUAUCACUUUUAAUUAAACACCAUCUCAUCUCUUUCUCUCUCUCUCGAUGCUUCUUUUUCAUUCCAUUGUUCUUCGGAUUCUCAUCUUCUUACUACUCAUCUAUAUCCUCAAAUUGAUACACUCGAUCGUAUGGGACCCGUUAAGAAUCAAAAUUCACUUCAAGAACCAAGGAAUCAAUGGCCCCAGCUACCGUCCUAUUGUUGGAAAUUCGGCGGAGAUCCGCCGCAUGUAUGCCGAGGAGCAGACAAAGUCAACGUCGACGUUGUCAAUCAGCCAUGAUAUCCUUCACCGAGUGGUUCCAUUUUACCAUCACUGGUCCCGGAUGUAUGGAAAGACGUUCCUCUACUGGUUCGGGUCAAGACCCAGGUUGGUUAUAUCCAACCCGGAUUCGAUUAAGGAGGUUCUGAUGAACUCGGGUAAUGGGGUUUUUGAGAAGGUUCCGCAGAAUCCUCAGGCUAAGUUGCUCUUUGGAGAUGGGCUUGUUCAGCUCCAUGGUGAGAAAUGGGCUCUUCAUAGAAGGAUCUCAAACCAGGCUUUUAGUAUGGAGCGGGUUAAGGGAUGGGUGCCAGAAAUUGUGGAGAGUACCACGAAGAUGCUAAAAAAAUGGGAGGAAAUAAGAGGAGGUAGAGAUGAAUUUGAAAUAGAAGUGAAUAAAGAACUUCAUGAACUCUCUGCAGAUGUUAUAUCAAGAACAGCUUUUGGAAGCAGUUUUGAAGAAGGGAAACGCAUAUUUGCGUUACAGGAACAGCAAAUGCAUCUUGCCUCUCAAGCUAUAAGAAGUGUGUACAUUCCAGGAUUCAGGUUUUUGCCUACCAAGAAGAACAGGGAGAGAUGGAGAUUAGACAAGGAAACUCGUGAAUCUAUAAGGACAUUGAUCAAGACUAGUAGCAGCGCGAGGCAAAAUUCAAGAAAUCUACUUAGUUUACUACUUUCUUCAUAUAAAAAUAAUCAAAAUGGGAAGGAAGAGAAAUUAACAGAAGAGGAAAUUAUAGAUGAAUGCAAGACUUUCUACUUUGCAGGAAAAGAAACUACUGCCAAUCUUUUGACUUGGGCACUUGUACUUUUAGCAGUACAUCAAGAAUGGCAAGACAAAGCGCGCCAAGAAGUGUUUCAAAUCUGUGGAGGAGGGAAUGAGUUUCCUGUUGCUGAAAAUCUGAAUAACCUUAAGAUUGUGAAUUUGAUAAUCAACGAGACGCUUAGACUCUACCCUCCAGCUGUGAGUCUAACGAGACAAGCAACUAAGAGGGUUAAAUUAGGGAGACUUGAUAUUCCUGGAGGGACGGAACUUUAUUUGCCACUUACUGCUAUCCACCAUGAUACUGAUAUAUGGGGAGAAGAUGCUAGUGAGUUCAAUCCCUCGAGGUUUAAUGAAUCUAAAAGGCACUUGGCUUGGUUUUUCCCAUUUGGAUUAGGCCCCAGAAUCUGUGCUGGUCAAAAUUUAGCCAUUGUUGAAGCAAAAAUUAUCCUAGCCAUCAUUAUCAGACAUUUUUCUUUUGUGCUGCCACCAACAUAUGUUCAUGCUCCUAUGCUCCUUGUAACCUUGAUGCCCCAAUACGGUGCACAGAUCAUCUUUAGCAGAAUUUCAAGUUGAAAUUUUUUUCUUUGUACCAUUUCUUGUUUUAUCUUCUGCGGAAGCAAUGUAAAACAUGAACUAUCAUAAAUACAAAUGUUCUAGUCUUAAUAAUUAUAUGUCAAA